GCCACCUCUCUCUCUCUCUCUCCUUCUCUCCCUCCCAACCCUGGCCUCUCUGUGGCUCUUCUUGUUGAAGAAGGCAGACACUGAGGUGUUGCACAGGAUCCGCCUCUGCCAGAAGACCAGAGACUCCUAGACGCCGCCGUUGAGAGGAAGGCAGAGAGAGAAAGAGCGAGACGCACAAGAGACGCUUGGAUGGGGGCCUGGCCAGCAUGAGAUCCAUGACAUCUCUGGGGAGGAGGGGGCUGAUCUAAGAAGGGGCUGGGGAGAAGAGAAGGAAGGAGGGAGGGGAGAAAGAGAAAAGAUAGAUAGACAGAGAGAGCGUGCUUAAGAAGAGAAAGAGAGAGGCGCACAGCUGGGCAGGCGAUUUCAGCACCCUGGACAGCUCCCUCUGCGGAGGCUGUCCUCGCCAGGCUCUGUCCAUGGCCUCGUCUCCAGGCAAGAGGCUGCAACAGUGAGGCCAUCAAGAGGAGAGCCCCAAAGAGAAAGCUUUCUCUCUGCCUUGGAAUAGUGCCAAACUGGGGCUCAAAGCAAGAGUGGAGAAGAAACAGAAGCAGCAAUAAGAAGCAGCAUCAGAAGCCCACCUUUCUCCCUGGAGGCCCCCCAGCCUUCUUUUCUUCCUCCUCCAAGCUUCCUGGCCUGCCUGAUGGAGCUGUAAGAGACCUUUGCCUUGAAUCCUCAGGUCCAGCAUCCCUGAAAACAAAGAACCUGAACUUGAUCUCAAACCCCACCAGGAGGAGAAAAGAAAAAAGAAGAAAAACCUUCUCCCCUUUCCUUUCUUUUUGGGACUGGGGGUGAUGCCUGCUGGCUGAAGAGCAAGGAGCCAAAGAGGGGAGACCUCUCUCUCCUUCCCUCCUGCCCCCCACGCCUCUUGAUCCCACCUCCCCUUCAGAGAAGGCGUUGCUUCUAAACAACCCCCCCCCCCAAACCAACCCCCCAGCCGAUCUGGUGUCAGGAACGAUGACCAAGCGAGGAUGUGCACCAGCGGCCAGAUCAUCGGGAGCCUCCUGGUGCUCUCUGUGCUGGAGAUAGGGCUGGGGGUCUCCAGUCUGGCCGUGGGGGCCGUCAGCUUCAGCCUGGUCCUGGCCGAUGGAGAGCGCGCCACACAGCUGGGAGACUCUUCUCCGGUAUGGAGCGGGGUGUGUUUUCUGCUUUGUGGGGCAUGCGGAAUACUGUGUGCCAAAAAGAAAUCAGGACUUAUCAUGAUACUUUUCUCAGCCUGCUGUAUCUGUGGACUGAUUGGAGGAAUAUUAAAUUUUCAGUUUCUUCGAGCACUGACAAGGAAAACCUCAUCUCUUUACCCAUUACAUCUUACCUCCAUGUCUCUUGCAUGCAUCGGAAUUGGUGGUUGCACUCUUUCUUCAUGGCUCACUUGCCGGCUAGCCAGCUAUGAGCAAAGAAGAAUGUUUUCAGAAAGAGAGCAUUCGCUGCAUCACUCCCAUGAAAUGGCUGAGAAAAGAUUGAGAGGUAUUGAAAUAACCGACCUGCCCAGCUGCCCGGUGGUUCCCCCGACACCAGAGUUACCUGCAAGCAGACAGGUGUCUACAUCACCACACCCCCACCUCAACCGACAUUAUCUGGCACCCUAUCUGGAAAUCCCUGCAGAGACCAAGGAAAUGACAGACAACAUGUGCAAUGGAGGACCACAUCUAAUUUAUAAUGGCAGAGCAUACUGAAAUAUUGACCCUGUCUAAGGAACAACUGAUUUCAGGAUUUUCUUUAGGGGAAAUGAUAGAGGCCAAUAACUUGAAGAGGAGGCACUGAAAAUAUUAUGGCUGUUAUUUGCAAUAAUUUGACAGCUAAAAAUAAAGGAAGCAGCACAGUUGCAUCUCUUUUCAAAAAUUUGCUUUGUUUUUCAUUCUCAUUCUUUGAAGAUAUUUUACUGCAUAUUUUGAAAACACACAGUAAUCAUCAUGUCUCGAAUAUUUCCUUCCUUCCUUCCUUCCUUCUUCUUUUUUUUUGGGGGGGGGGUGUCUGGAUUUUCUUUCCCUGGAUGUGCUAAUAUCUGAAACUGAUUUUUUAGACUCUGCUUCUGAAGACUUUUUGAAAUUAAAAACAUAGCAGAACAUAACAACCUAGAGACAUGACAGUUGAGAGAGUUUAAACAAUGGAUUUCACAAUGGUAGUAAUGGAAAUUAGACUUGAAAGGUUUGACUUUCCUAUAUGCACAGUCUAAUGAAUGAAUUAUGAGCAUGCUAAAACAACCAUGUCUUUGUUUUGAAAGACAGAAUGCUUUAAGGAUGCCAUAAGUUAAAACCUGAACAAUGCCUUGCUGUAAAGAAACUGUAAAUAUUUCCAAUUUGUGAAGUAUAUUUCAUAGUUUGUUCAUAAAAGAUGUCAAAUAAAAAGGAACAUAAAAAGGUGAU